AUGGUCCGAGGCCGGAGAGGUCUCAACGGCGCUGGAAGAGUGGAGGGAGACGAGAGGCAGAGGCUCUGGCGCUGGGCGUCGUGGGUGAACGACGGAAAUGAGAGAGAUGCACAUGCGGGUAAAAAGCUUCGAUCGAUUUUUACAGAUCAAGAUGCUGCAAUUGCAAAGGCAUUAGGUGAGGUGAUGCCAGAAACCUGGCAUGGAUUAUGUACUUGGCACAUCAAGCAUAUAGGGAAUUUUAUGAAAGAUGGUUCUCAUUUUCUACGAGACUUUGAAUCAUGUAUGUUUGAGUAUGAUGAUUCGGUUGAAUUUGAAAAUGCUUGGGAGAAAAUGAUUCAGAACUAUAACGUCGGCUCAGUUAGUUGGUUGGACAGUAUAUAUAAAUUAAAGACAAAAUGGGCCAGGUGCCACACGAAGAAUGCCUUUACUUUGGGAGUGAGAAGUACUCAACUCAGUGAAAGCUUGAAUGCUGACUUGAAAGUUUACUUGAAAUCAGAUUUGAAUAUGGUUGAAGUUUUUCAACAUUUUGAACGGGUUGUAGAGCAAAAACGACAUAAGAAAUUGGAGGCUGAAUUUAAUGCUCAAGAAAAAUUGUCUACAUUAGGAUUGAAGAAUUCCCCUUUGUUGAAGCAGGUAGCACAAACAUAUACUUCUGUGAUAUUUAAAAAAUUCCAUGAUGAGUAUGACUAUGCAUCAGCUGCAAUCAUAAAACAUCGUAAUGAUAGUCAGUUAGUUCAUGAAUAUAUUGUUGAGAUUUUUUAUGAAAGUAGAGAGUAUAAAGUAGUUUACGACCUUGCUAAUCAGAUAAUUUCAUGUAGUUGUAAGAAGUUCGAAACAUUUGAAAUUUUGUGUUGUCAUGCUUUGAAAUUUUUUGACUGGCUUGAUAUAAAGAUAAUUUCUAGUACAUGCAUUUUGAAGAGGGGGACAAGAGAAGCGAAGAGUGAAUACAUCUUAAAUACUAUGACGAAGAAUGUGGAAGAUGAUGUGAAUUUAAAUAUUGCACAACGAUAUAGAAGAUUAUGUCCAAUGCUAGUGGAAUUAGCCAUCGAAUUAGCUGACAAUGAAGAUGCAUAUGCUUUUGUAGAGAAGUUGGAACUUAAUUGCUCUCUUAACAUUCGGGAUGGCAACUCUAACUUGCACGUAGAAAGUCAUUCUUAUCAAAGACCAUUUGAUAAAAGUUCAUUGCCCUUAUCUUUUCAAGUAUCAAAUAAUGCCUAUAUUAGUCAGGGAACUAAUGAGUUAAAUCUUACACCAACAUCCCUUGCUAAUAGCACAAAUACAAAUGUGCACUUCAUAAAUUUUUUUGGAUAUUGA